AUGCCAUCUUAUACUAUCGAAGAACUAAUUCAAUUGAAACCAAGUGAGACUUUAAGUGUCAAUUUUGAUGCUGUCGAAUUCAACGCAAUCAUCGAAAAGGUCAAGCAAGUUCAAGCUUUGAAGGAAGAAGAGUACAAUGCCACCCAUCAUGGCCAUUUCAACCGUAGAAGAUCUUCCCAUUUACACCAUGGUAAGCCAAAGGUGAAGCAACACAAACCAAAGGUCACUACUGAUGAAAAUGGGUGGUCCACUUUUGAACCUAAGACUAAUGAAGAAGGUGACAGUGAAAAUAACUCUGAUAGUGCCACCACUCCUUUUACACCUACCAUCUCUAAGGAAACUGUUAAGGUUAAACCAAACAAUAGACACAUCUCUUCAAGUAGACCUGCUGACAAUAGUGAUAUCAUUACCGACAAACAAGUCCAUGGUUUCAACACCUUUGCUGCUUUGGUAAGUGAUGAUGAGGACGAUGAGUAA